CUUUGACACCUUCAAACUGUCCUGUAAUCUCAAGUCUUUCAAAAGACAGCCGAGGCAAGAUGAAGAAAUCUUUGCUCUUCUGUGGGCUUCUGGCCGGGCUUUGUGGGGCUAUUCUUGUGACAGCUCAGGAUGAAAAUGAAGAUGAAGGGAGAAUUCUUAUUGACAACAAGUGUCAAUGUGUCCGAGUGACUUCAAGGCUAGUUCCUUCACCAGAUAAUCCAGGCGAGAAGGUUGUGGAGAGAAACAUUCGACUCAUUGUCCCCCUGAAGAACAGAGAGAACAUUUCUGAUCCCACUUCUCCCGUGAGAACCACCUUCGUGUACCGGCUGUCUCAACUCUGUAAAAAGUGUGACCCCAUCGAGGUGGAGCUGGACAAUGAGGUUGUUGCUGCCUCCCAGAGCAAUCAGUGUGGCGAAGACAGUGAAACCUGUUACACUUAUGACAGAAACAAGUGUUACACGUCGACUGCCCCUCUUUAUUUGGAAGGGCAGACCAGAAUGGUGACAACAGCGUUGACGCCUGAGUCCUGCUAUGCCGACUAACGUAAAACCUCCACUGACCGAAAUACCUCCCUGCCUGGCGUAGAGCUCUUGCUUCCAUCUUGUAACUACAUUUUUAUGACCCACAAGCAUAUGGCCACAAAUACCUGUUUCUAGAGUGUUCCACAUCCCAUUUUUUUUCUGUCCCAUUACACUGGUGUAAUCCUUGGGAAGGAAUUCUCUGGUAACCCAUCUGUAGGGUGAGAUCUCAACUUCCCUCUAGGUCCACAUUCAUUAAACUCAAUUUUUCCCUGCGCCCACUGCUUAUCCUAGUCCCCAGAAACAUGAAGAAUGAAUUUCCUCAAAUUUGUAAGUCACACAGAUAAGAGUAGAGCUGAUGACAUCAUCUUCAAGAAUGACAAAUUGGAAGGUACAGGAAAAUGUUGAUUCUCUCUCUCUCUUCCUCUCUCUCUCUCUCUCUCUCUUUUUCUUUCUCUCUCUCCCUCUCUCCCUUUGCUUUGCACAUGCCAAUUUAUUUUGCCGAAAAGAAUGCAUCUCUGUGCUAUUGAGGAAAUACAUAUGCAAAUAUAAUUGCAGCUGAUGCUGUUAUUAGCAAUAUACUAAUUGGUAGAUAUCGAUACAUUUAAAAGUAUUUAUAGGUGUGAAAACGAUAUCAAAUAAGAUUCGCAGUGUCACAUGGAACAGCUAUGGACAUAUUUUCCCCCAAAACAAAGUGGUUGGCAGUUAUGCUGUAUAAAUAAUCAGUUUUAAAAAUGAUUCAUUUUAGGAUUAGUAAUUCAGGUCACCAGACCCCAUUUCUUAUCCUAUUUUUCUUUCUAUGUAAAAGCAAAAAUUCUAAUUUAAUGAAAAAUGAAUUAAUAUCAGAACACUGAAGUCCCUGCGUUGCCAUCUGUUAUGGCAAAUAUCUUGUGUCUUGCUUUCAUCCAGGGAAUGCCCUGGAUAAUGCAGAAUUGUCUUCUUCUUCUUCUUCUUCUUCAUCGUCAUCAUCAAAAACGUUUGAAGGAUCCUCAAGUUAUUUGAAAAAUUCUGGUCUGAAAUAAUCCAUGUUGUGAUUCAUUAAUCUUUAAGCAAUAUGUAUUUCUAGAAAUGCAUCCUCUAGCAUUGCUUUAACAAUUAAAUCAUUUCAGAAGCA